UAUAACACAUUCUUUAUUAUUUAAAUAGACAGAAUUAUAUACAUUAUUAAGACUUAUAUUAUCAUGUUUUUAUAGAAUACAUUGAAAAAUCUAAAAGGGACAUUACUCAAUUAUCUCUCAUACCAACUGUUAGGAAAAGGAAGUGAGUUAUUUCCCUUUCAUUUCAUUCAAAACCAAAAGAGGAAGUAAAAAUAGCAAAAUUUCCACCUAUCUGGUCAAAAGGAAAGAAACAGUUUAUCUUGAUUCUUUCUACGAAAUACUGUUUAAUACAACAUUCAAAAAUGUUUAAAGAUCCUGACUACAGAGAAAACUUAUCAUUGAUGUUAUCAGAGGUUUUACAUGACAUUGGUGUCAAUGAAAGAAUGGUGAUGGGAAGGAGAAGAGGACUCAUGCUGAUAGAGAAUAUGUGGAAUAUCACAUACAGGUUAACUGAUAGAAAUGGAACUAUCUAUUAUCUAGGGAGUCAAAGUGAAGGUACAACUACUAUAGGACUUUAUUCAGACAUUGAUAUACUAAGCUUAAUACAUAAAUACAAUAUAAUACAAGACUGGUCAGAGUGGGUACAUGGCAAGUUUAAUUACCUCAUGAUACAGGAUGAGAACACUACUCCCGGGUAUUGUUUCUUACAACUACUCCGAGAUGAUGAACCUCUUCCUGCAACUGUCAUUCCUGAUGAAAACCAUAUUACUGAUAGAAGAGGAAGAAUAUUGUAUAAAAAUACAAUAAUAAAUAAUUUUCUUCAGGGUGCUGACCAGCAGCAUGGACCAUCUAUUGCUGAACAAGGACAACCUGGAGUUUGUGAUAGAGACCUGGUGAUAGCUUGUCCAUGUAAAUCAUGGCCUCAAUCAGCAACAGGUUGGUUACAUAGACAGGGUAUUGGCAGAUGGCCAACACAUGAGAUGAGAAGAUAUGCAGCCAGUACUGGGUGUUUAGUUGUUCCAACUGGAAGUAAGGUCAGUGAAUAUCCUGAACUGGAAUGGAGAAUAUCUACAUCAUUGACAGAAAGAUGUAUAAUGUUUAAUCUAAAUAUAACACAAAUAAGGUGCUAUGUACUAUUGAAAAUGAUUCUUAAGUCCUUCCUUAAUCCUCAAAAUGAAAUCAACAUUUCAAGUUUCAUGUGCAAAACAGUUUUAUUACAUUGUAUAGAAAACACAGAGUCACGAAUAUGGAAAGAUAUCAAUUUAUUUACAUGUUUAACAUACUGCUUAUUGGAAUUACACAGUUGUGUACAGAAUGACUGUUGUUCACAUUUCAUUAUACCGGAAAAUAAUUUGAUGGCAGGGCAAUUUACAGCUGAGACAAAACAUGAACUUUCAAAAAAUAUUUGUGAUUUUAUACAGAAUGAUAGACAACGGUUACUAAGUAUUGAUAUUGAUGAUCUUGGUCAUAGACUUCAAGUUAAACUGAACAGAGUACCACAUGGAGUUUACUAUUUUCCUUCUUCUCUUGAAAUAUAUGAAACUGUUUUGACAUGGAGAUAUAUCAACAUUGCAAACAACAUAAGUAUACAACAUAAGCAUGUUUUAAGACAUUUUCACAAUGAAAACAUUAGAACAAUGAAGCAACAUAUAGUAAAAUUGAUGACCUUCAGUGAUAAUGGUAAUAGAUUUGAACAAGUUGCAUUCAAUUUUCUAGCACCUUUUCUUUUCACCACAUAUGGAUCUACCCUAGCAUCAUCCAGCAUUGGUGAAAAUAAUCAAGUGUCACCUCAAGCAUUGGUCUGGCUAUCAGCUGGUUUAAACUCAGAUAUCUCAUCUAGCAGACUUAAACUGGCUUCAGUGUUCUACAGUACAGGAGAUAUGGAGAAAGCUGAACUAAUUCUGAGACACACAGAGCAACAAUAUUAUUCUUAUCCUGUUUUACCUAUCUGUGGCUGCUGUGUCAGCCGCCACCAACAGUAACAGCAGAAUUCAAGAGGUUAUGUAGUGAACAAAGUGAGGACUGUAUCAAACAUAUUACAGCAUUUUGUGUCAGAUUUAUACAGGGAGAGAUCAACUGUGUUCCUCAUGAACUACAAUAUGAAAUGUUCAGAUCUACACAAGAUGACAUGAUACACAGACAUGAAAAGAAAAGACUGUUGGAUGGACUGGGCUGUAGUUGAUUCUCUACCUUUCUUAUACUUCCUACAAUACAAGAUCUAUCGUCAUCUACAAAGACAUCAAGAUCAACAACAAGCACUUUGUAAACUUAUAAGAACCAUAGAAACAGAUAAAAACCUCAAACAUAGAGAAACAGCUCUAAACAUUUUAGGACAAUGUAUGGAACAAGAAAACAGACCUCAACAAGCAUUAAAAUGCUACAUGCUUUCUCUUCGACAAAGGGCAAGGAACAAUGCAGCAAAUUUCCAUAUAUGUAAGCUCCUUUCUGGCUUAAUGGUUAGCCAAUAAAAUGUGACCAAAAAAAGAAAGUAUAAAGACUAUAGAUUUCAAUGAUAUCAAAAAGCUAAAAUGACAAAAUAUAGGCCUGCCAUUACACUUUUGAUUGCAUAUUAUUUUGAAACACAAUUAAACAUGUUUAAUUGAAAGAAUGAUUCCAACUUCAUUGACUUUGAAUAUCUGAAGUGUAGAGGACCAGUUUUGCUUGUGAAAAUGUAUUUUAAAUUUUGGUUUAUAAGGUGAAGUUUUUUUUUCCAACCUUUUUUAGCUCACCUGUCACAAAGUGACAGGGUGAGCUUUUGUGAUCGCUUUUCGUCCGUCCGUCGUCCGUCCGUAAACUUUUACUUUACAUGACAUCUCCUCAUAAACCACUAAGCCAAUUUAAGGAAUGUUCCUUUGGUGGUCACCUUUAAAAAUUGUUCAAAGAAUUUAAUUCCAUGCAGAACUCUGGUUAAAUAUCUUCUAUUAAUAAACCCAAAGAGCUAGAGCUUAGAUAUUUGGCAUGAAACAUCUUCAAGUAAGUGUCUACCAAGUUUGUUCAAAUAAAAGCCCUGGGUCAAAAUUGGCCCCGCCCCAGGGGGUCAUUGAUUUUCCCUAUACACAUAUAAAAAUUCUUCUUUUAAAGAACCCAUAGAGCUAGAGCUAAGAUAUUUAGCAUGAAACAUCAUCUAGUAAGUGUCUACCAAGUGUAUUCAAAUAAAAGCCCUGGGGUCAAAAUUGGCCCUGCCCCAGGGGGUCAUUGAUUUUCCCUAUAUGCAUAUAGUUAAAACUUAAAAAAUCUUCUUUUAAAGAACCCAUAGAGCUAGAGCUAAGAUAUCUAGCAUGAAACAUCUUCUAAUAAGUGUCUACCAAGUUUGUUCAAAUAAAAGCCCUGGGGUCAAAAUUGGCCCCGCCCCAGGGGGUCAUUGAUUUUCCCUAUAUGCAUAUAGUAAAAACUUAAAAAAAUCUUCUUUUAAAGAACCCAUAGAGCUAGAGCUAAGAUAUUUAGCAUGAAACAUGUUCUAAUGGAUGUCUACCAAGUUUGUUCAAAUAAAAGCCCUGGGGUCAAAAUUGGCCUUGCCCCAGGGGGUCAUUGAUUUUCCCUAUAUGCAUAUUGUAAAAACUUAAAAAAUUUUCUUUUAAAGAACCCAUAGAGCUAGAGCUAAGAUAUUUAGCAUGAAACAUGUUCUAAUGGAUGUCUACAAAGUUUGUUCAAAUAAAAGCCCUGGGGUCAAAAUUGGCCCUGCCUAGGGGGUCAUUGAUUUUCCCAAUAUGCAUAUUGUAAAAACUUAAAAAAUCUUCUUUUAAAGAACUGAAGAGCUAUAGCUAAGAUAUUUAGCAUAAACAUGUGCUAAUGGGUGUCUACAAAGUUUGUUCAAGUAAAAGCCCUGGGGUCAAAAUUGGCCCGGCCCCGGGGGUCAUUCAUUUUCCUUAUAUGUGUGUAGCAAAAACUUAAAAAAUCUUCUUUGAAAAAACCCAAAUAGCUAGAGUUUAGAUAUUAAGCAUUAAACAUCUUCUAGUGAGUGUCUACAAAGUUUGUUCAAAUAAAAGCCCUGGGGUCAAAAUUGCCCCCGCCCUGGGGGUCAUUGAUUUUCCUUUAUGUGUAUGGCAAAAACUUAAAAAUCUUCUUUGAAAAAACCCAAAUAGCUAGACUUUAGAUAUUAAGCAUGAAACAUCUUCUAGUGAGUGUCUACAAAGUUUGUUCAAAUAACAGCCCUGGGGUUAAAACUGGCCUCGAUGCAGAGGUGUCAUUGUUUUAACUAUAUGUGUAUAGUAAAAACUUAAAAAAUCUUCUUUUAAAAAACCCAAUGAGCUAGAAGUUGGAUUGCAGGAAACAUCUUCUUAUGGGUAUCUACCAAGUUUGUUCAAAUAAAAGCCCUUGGGUUAAAAUUGGCCCUGCCAAAGGGGGGGGGGGGGUAGGUUAUUGUUUUUCAUUAUAUGUGCGUAGUAAAAACUUAACAUCUUGAAACAUCUCCUAAUGAGUGUCUUCUAAGUUUGUUCAAAUAAAAGCCCUGGUGUUUAAACUAGCCCAGCUCCGGGGGCAUAAAUACAGGUGAGCGACCUCAGGGCCAUCAUGGCUCUCUUGUUUAUACAGUAAUAAAGUAGUCAAAACAGUUUUAGCUAGUUUUCCAUUGUCGGCAAUAUUGAUACUGUGAGCAAUAUUUAUUAAAAGUCUUGUUCUAUAAAUGAACCUUGUAGAUAAAAGUAUUGUUUUUAUUUUUUAGCUCGACUUUUCUAUGAAAAGGGGAGCUAUCCUACUCGCCCCGGCGUCGGCGUCGGCGUUGGCGUCACACCUUGGUUAAGUUUUUCGUACCACCCCACUUUAUUUCAGAAGUAUUACAAGUAUGGCUUUGAAACUUACCAUACUUGUUCACCAUCAUAACCUCCAUCUACAGACAAGAGUACAUAACUCUGUCAAGGUUUUUGACAGAAUUAUGGCCCUUUUUUGACUUAGAAAGUGUAUUGAGCUUGGUUAAGUUUUUUGUACCACCUCACUUUAUUUCAAAACCAUUGGAGGUAUUGCUUUGAAACUGACCAUACUUGUUUACCAUCACGACCUUCAUCAACAGACAAGAGGACAUAACUCUGUCAAGGUUUUUGACAGAAUUAUGCCCCUUUUUGACUUAGAAAAUACAUUGAAUAUGGGUAAAAUCCACUUAUUGCCUUAACCCUUUGAGAUAUUGCUUUGAAACUUUUAAUGCUAUUUCACAUCAUUACCCCCAUCUGUACGCAAGAGAAGGUAACUCUGUCAAGGAUUUGUUUUAAAAAUUAAGGCCUUUUAUCGACUUAGAAUAUUGGUUAAGUUUUUAGUACCAGUCCACUUUUUGACUGAACUGUUUGAGAUAUUAAUUUGAAAGUUGGAAUACUUGUUUACAAUCAUGAUUCCCAAACAUGUCCAGGAGAAGGUAAUUCUGUCAAAGAUUUUAUUUGAAUUAUGGCCCUUAACUGUCAAUGUUUUGUAUUAUAGGCAAGCACUAAAAAACUUAAAAAAUCUAAAAAAAUUCAUUCCUAUCCACUUGUUCACUUUACCAUAAAUUAUGUUAAUGCUCAUGGCCAUUGUUCACUUUAAAAAUACAGAGAUUCUUGUAUUGCCUUUUACUGCAAAAACUUUUUUUAUUGGCAAGCAAUAAAAAAGUCGAGCGCGCUGUCUUACGGACAGCUCUUGUUAUUCUGUACCCUGUACAAUACAAAACAAUACAAGCAAAUUCAUUGAAUUUAUAUCCCCCACCUAGAACUGGUUAUUACUAACACAACAACUAGAGACAUAAGGCUUUAUUUAUAUAUAUUCAUCAUGGCAUAAACAGUAAUAUUCUUUGUUCAUGAUAAAUAUUCAGGGCAAUAACAGAGCCAUAACUCCGUGUUAAAUAGUAAUAUCUGGACAUGACAAUUAGAUAUAAAUUGCCUUUUUGUAUAAAGUUUUGUUGAAAUCAAUACAGCAGGUGCAAAGAAAUAGCAAUAUUGCUCUAUAUGCAUACUACAUAACUAAUCAAGGGCCAUAACUCUUUAAUGAAGGGUCUGGUCUGAACAAGGCAACAAAUUGUGCAUAUCUCCUCUUGGUAUUAAUGGUUCCCAUAAAGUUUAAUUGAAUUCCAGCCAGUUGUUGGAGAGAAAUAGUUCGGAAACGAUUAUUGCUCUAUAUGCUUAAUGCAUAACUUAUCAAGGGCCAUAACUCUGUGUUGAAGGGUUAGACCAGAACAAGGCAACGAUAUGCCAAUUUCAUUUUUGUAUUGAUGGUUCCCAUAAAGUUUCAUUGAAUUCCAGCCAGUAGUUACAGAGAAGUAGCGAGAAAAAGAUUAUUCUCUAUAUGCAUAAUCAAGGGCCAUAUCUCGUGUUGCAGGGUCAGACUGGAACAAGGCUAUGGUAUGCGCAUUUCCUCUUUAUAUAUCUGGUUCCCUUAAAGUUUUGUUGAAUUCCAGCCAGUAGUUGCAAAAAAUAAACUUGAAACAAAAUUCAGACAGACGGGUAGAGGGAUGGAAGGACGAAAGGACAGACGGACAACGCCAAAACAAUAUCCCCCUCCCUAAUCCAUCGGGGGACCCUAUAUCACUCAACUGAUUUCUAGAAAAAGUCAGUUCUCUUAAAUGCUAAUGUAGUUCAUUAGGUGGGAUCAAUUUAGAUCAAAAGGGCAUGACUUAAUCCAUUUUUAUAGGUGUUCACUAGGCAAUGCUAGUAUAAUAGAAAGAUUUUUGUUGUUAUUUUUACUAUAUACCUGUAAGGAAAAUCAAUGACCGCCCCCCUACCUACCCUCCCCGGCCGGGCCAAUUUUUACCAAAGGGCUAUACAUUUGAACAAACAUAGGAGGGAUCUACUUUUAGCUGAACAAACUUGGUAAACACCCACUAGAAGAUAUUUUAUGCGAAAUAGCUAAGCUUUAGCUCUUUGGGUUUUGUAAUAGAAGAUAUUUUAUUAUUUUUUUUUGUCAUGCAACCAGACUUCUGCAUGGAAUUCAAUUCUUUGAACAACUUUUAAAGGUGAUCUCCAAAGGAACAUUCCUGUGAAGUUUAGAUGAAACUGGCUUAGAGAUGUUGUUUAAAGUAAAAGAUUAUCGACAUAAUUAUAAUGGUCGUACACAAAAUUUCAAUCACAAAAGCACACCUUGUCUCUUUGUGACAAGUGAGCUAAUAACAAGAGAAUUUCAUAAAUUUGACCUUGACAGUCAUAAUAUACAACAUGUUUGUUUGAUAGAAUGUCUUCUUUUGUCCAAGUACAUUGUAAAAAUCAAACCCAUACAUAAAUAACAAAAUUAUGAAAACAUACAAAGAAGGUGGUUUAAACAUAUGGUUGAUAUUUAUAGUUAUAUACAUAGUUUAAAGAUAAAAUGGUUUAAAAGAUAUGUUAGUAAUAGCAAAAGUAAAUGUUAUAAGCUAGUAAACACAUUGUUUAAUAUUGAUAAAAUUUUUAACACUGGAAAGAUGUUUUGUAAUUUGAUUAUUCGUAAAAUAACAAAUUCUUUCUGGAUUGAUGUUUUUAAAGCUUAUAUGGUGUUUGUAGAUAAACUUUGUAUAGAUAAUAUAGAGCAAGUAUUACAUAUGCCACUUUUUUACAAUCACAACUUUUUAGCAGGAAAUAGAUAUAUUUACAUUCAGACAUUAUAUAAUAAAGGAAUCAGAUUUGUAAAAGAUACUUUAAAUGAACAGGGUAACUUUGUAGAUUUGAUAUAUUUAGAACAGGUCAGAGGUAAACCUGUGAACUUUUUACAGUAUCAUAGUUUAAAACAGGCAAUAAAAUUGUACAUGCAAAAGUUAAAUAUUUUUUAUAAGUUACAAUUUGCUUAAUGUUCAAUAUCCUAUACUAAAUUGUUAUGUUAAAUCUAUUUUAACUAUGAAUAACAAUAAGAAAUAUGUUUAUGAAAUUAUAGCUAAAAAUUCAGACAUACCUACAAGUCAAGAAAGGUGGAACACAUGUUUUAAAGAUAAUAACAUUAAUUGGCAGUUAAUAUAUAGUUAUGUUUUCAAAUGUUCUAAAGAUUCAUAUAAUAAUUCAGUGGUUCCAAACAAGAAUUAUUCAUAGAACUUUAGCUACAA